AUUCGCCUCACGUCUUUGUUAAGCCUCCUUUACAAUUCGUUCGACCAUUUUCUGCAUUUAGAACCCUAAUGUCUGCCGAAUCUGCUGUACCCUCGCGCCAGCAACCUAAAUGGCAUUUACCUGCCAAAAAGGUUCAGCCUACUUUGCAUCUUCAAAACUCUUUAACCAAGACAAAGACCGAGUUUAUCCCUAAGGAUGGAAGACGUGUCACUUGGUACAAUUGCGGCCCUACUGUCUACGAUGCCUCUCACAUGGGCCAUGCUAGAACUUAUCUUACUAUGGAUAUCAUUCGUCGUAUUCUUGAAGACUACUUUAAGUAUGAUGUAUUAUUCGUCCAAAACAUUACUGAUAUCGACGACAAGAUCAUUCUCCGUGCUCGUCAAGACUAUUUGUUUAAAAACCACAAGGCAAACACUAAAGAGCUUGAUCUCGCUUUGAUCAACCAAGUCGAGAAAGCCAGAAAGGAAUUUAUCGAUUCCAAACUUGCCAAGAUCGAAGGUGCCGUUGCUCUUGCUACCCAGGAUUGGAACAUGUUUGUUAAGAAGAUGACUCCCGAAGAGAUUGCCAAGGCUGUAGUAAUUGAUGAGAAAUUCAAAAUGUAUUUGAGCGCUCUGCAAGUUUCGUUUGAUGCUGUUCAGAAAGCUAAGCAGGCUUUGGAGAAGAAAGAUACUUCCAAGCAGGCUGCAGAUGAAUUGUUGGAAGCCUCUCAAUUUGUGUUGUCUCUUUACCUCGAUAAAAGAAAAGGAAACGAGGUCAAUGAUCCCAAGGUUUUCAGAGAACUUCCUGCCUAUUGGGAAGAUAUGUUCUUUAAGGAUUUGGAUGCACUUAAUGUUCGUGCUCCAGAUGUCCAAACCCGUGUUAGUGAAUACGUGCCUGAGAUUGUGACCUAUGUCGAGAAGAUCAUUUCCAACGGUUAUGCUUAUGCUGUAGACGGCUCUGUAUACUUUGAUACUACCCGCUAUGAUGGUCAUCACGGCCAUCAUUACGCCAAGUUGGAGCCCUGGUCAAAGGGUGAUCAGGCUUUGAUUGAGGAUGGCGAGGGAUCCUUAGGAAGCAAGUUACAAGGAAAAAAGAGUCCUAAUGACUUUGCUCUCUGGAAGUCUUCUAAGCCCGGAGAGCCCGAAUGGAACUCACCCUGGGGUUUGGGUAGACCUGGAUGGCACAUUGAGUGUUCAGUAAUGGCCAGUGCUGUAUUGGGUGAAAACAUGGAUAUCCAUUCUGGUGGUAUUGAUCUCGCCUUCCCUCAUCACGACAACGAACUUGCUCAGGCCGAAGCCUAUUAUGACUGCGGUCAGUGGGUCAACUACUUCUUGCAUGCUGGUCAUUUGCACGUAGAGGGCCAAAAGAUGAGCAAGAGUUUGAAAAACUUCAUUACCAUUCAGGAAGCUCUCCAGACCUUCUCUGCUCGCCAACUUCGUCUUUUCUUCUUGCGUCACCAGUGGGAUGCCAAGAUGGACUUUAAGCAAUCAAGCAUGCAGGAAACUAUCCAGAUCGAAACCACCAUCAAGAACUUCUUUGACAACACCAAGGCUAUUAUGAACCGUAUUCGCAGCGAUGGCUCCCGCGGUGCUGAUGAACACGCCGAUGGAUCCAUCACUCACCGCUACAGAGAUGCCGAGAAGCGUUUAUUGGAAGUUUUACAGCAAAAGCAGGAUGCUGUGCACGCUGCUUUGUGUGAUUCAUUCAACACACCUACUGCUAUGGAGGAGAUUAUGAACUUGAUCAACGAGACCAACAAGUACAUGGCUGGUGGUGCCAAAUUGGUUAACCUUCACCUCUUGGGCAAGGUCGCCAAGUGGACUACCAACAUGAUGAAGAUUUUCGGUGUCGCAGAAAAUGGUGCAGAGAUCGGUUUCGGUGCGUCAGGCCAAGCUGGUGUCAGUACAGAGGAUGUGUUGAUGCCUUACCUCCACGCCUUGUCUUCUUAUCGUGACCAAGUCAGAUCCUUGGCUCGCGACCAGGCUCCCCACAAGGAAUUCUUGGAUUUGUGCGAUCGUCUACGUGAUACUCAGAUGGUUGAUCUUGGUGUUGCCCUUGAUGACCAAGAUGACGGUACUGCAUUAGUAAAACUUGUUCCCCGCGAGGAAUUGAUAAAGGCACGUGAAAAGAAGCUUGCUUUCUUGGCUGAGAAAGAGGCCAAGAAGGCUGCUGCUGCUGCGGAAAGAGAGAAGAAGAGACUUGAGCGCCUCGAGAAGGGCAAGGUGUCUCCUUUAGAGAUGUUUAAGAAUUCGGAAGAAUUCAAGACUUUUGACACUAACGGUAUGCCUACACACUCCAAGGAUGGCGAAGAGAUUACAAAGAGUAGAAAGAAGAAGCUUCAGAAAGAAUGGGACAUGCAAAAGAAAUUGCAUGAUGAAUACCUAAAAGAAUUCCCCAGCAAAUAAUAUAAAGAUUCAAAAAUAUCUAUAAAAAAUAAAAAUAUAUUCUUUACAAAUG